CUGUGCCUUUAAUUUGCCAACUGAAAGCUACAGAGCGCUUCGCCUCCAGGCAUCCUAUUACAGUAGACUGAGCUCAGGAGCCAGGCGCAACUAUAUAAACCAGCAGAAGUGGCUAGCUCCGAUCACCCUUUGCCUUACUGUCCAACAGCAGCUCUCGCUCUUUCCCCCUGUCUCCCACCUACACCGCAGUCAAGGCAACUUUUCAGAGUUUAUUGCAGGACAGAAAAAGAGCGAGGUACAGGCUCUGGAGCACCCAGUUUAUCUCAUGGAGACUUGGCAAAGCAGGACCUAAUUAAUAUCAAAGGCAAGAAGGGACAAGAAGCUAAUCAGGAGAGAGAACAAAACAACACUAUUUCAUCCAAGCUGGCACUUUUCACUUUUCCUUGAAGCAACCAUAUUGAAUCUGCAACAACAUCCUACGGGAACUGAACCUCAAUAUGGGUCUUGCCACGUGGGUUUUGGCCUCAGUGACCCUCUCUUUGCUCCAUCAACAUGUCAGUGGUGGACUCAUCAAGAGAAUUAUUCGGCAGAAGAGAGAGGCUGGGAUCAAUGUCACUUUGCCCGAGGACAACCAGCCCGUAGUCUUUAACCACGUCUACAACAUUAAUGUCCCUGUUGGGUCCCUUUGUUCUGUGGACUUGGAGUCAGCAAGUGGGGACUCAGACCUCAAAGUACCCAUCGAACCAAGCAAACAUUAUCAGGAGCACACAUUGAACGAGGAAAACCAGAUUGUCUUUACACACAAGAUCAAUAUCCCACGGCGAGCCUGUGGUUGUGCAGCAGCCCCCGAUAUCAAGGAUCUCUUAAGCAGACUGGAGGAACUGGAGGGGCUGGUCUCCUCUCUACGAGAUCAAUGCGCCAGUGGUGCUAGCUGCUGCUCCAAUGGGCAAACUGCUGAAGGUCACAUCGAGGCCAAACCCUACUGCAGUGGACGGGGCAACUACAGCAAUGACAUCUGUGGUUGCAUUUGUGAGCCUGGCUGGAAAGGACCCAACUGCUCUGAACCAGAAUGCCCCAAGAAUUGCAACAACAGGGGGCAGUGUGUGAAUGGCAGGUGUAUCUGUGACGAAGGCUUCACUGGGGAGGACUGUGGGCAACUGGCAUGUCCUGGGGACUGUAAUGACCAAGGCAAAUGUGUGGACGGCCAGUGUGUGUGCUUUGAUGGCUUUGCUGGUGAGGACUGUAGCCUCGAAGUGUGCUUGGUGCCCUGCAGCGAACAUGGGAAGUGUGUGAACGGGCAGUGUAUCUGCAAGGAAGGUUUCGGUGGGGCAGACUGCAGCGAGCCACUGUGCCCAAACAACUGUAAUAACCGGGGCCGCUGUGUGGAAGAGGAGUGUAUGUGCGAUGAAGGCUACACAGGCGAAGACUGCAGUGAACUCAUCUGUCCGAAUGACUGUUAUGACCGGGGCCGUUGUAUCAAUGGGACUUGCUACUGCGAUGUAGGCUUCACCGGGGAGGAUUGCGGGGACCUGGCUUGUCCCAACAACUGCUACAAUCAGGGCCGCUGUGACAAUGGGGUGUGUGUCUGCUACGAAGGGUUCAUGGGGGACGACUGUAGCGAACGGAGAUGUCCCGGCGAUUGCAACCACCGUGGUCGUUGUAUUAACGGGCAGUGCAUAUGCAAUGAAGGUUUCUUGGGCUUCGACUGUGGAGAAGUGAGGUGCCCCAAUGACUGCAACAACCAGGGGCGCUGUGUCAAUGGACAGUGUGUGUGCGAGGAACGGUUCAUGGGAGAGGACUGUAGUGAGCUGAGAUGUCCCAAUGAUUGUAGCAAUAGGGGACGUUGUGUCAAUGGGCAGUGUGAGUGCGAUGAGGGAUUUAUGGGCGAAGACUGCAGAGAACUGAAGUGCCCCAAUGACUGUCACCAUCGCGGGCGAUGCCUCAAUGGCCUGUGCCUCUGUGAUGAGGGGUACACAGGUGAGGAUUGUGCUGAACGGAGGUGCCCCAAUGACUGCAACAAUCGGGGACGCUGCGUUAACGGCCUGUGUGUGUGUGAUGAAGCCUUCACUGGUAUUGACUGCAGUCAACUGAGGUGCCCCAAUAAUUGCAACAAUCACGGCCGCUGUAUUGAUGGUCAGUGUGUGUGUGAUGAGGGUUACACAGGGGAGGACUGUGCUGAACGGAGGUGUCCCAAUGACUGCCAUAAUCGUGGGCGCUGCGUCAAUGGAGCAUGUAUAUGCAACAAAGGUUUUGUUGGCGACGACUGUGGAAAAUUGGCCUGCGUGAACAACUGCAACAACCAAGGCCGCUGCAUCAAUGGGCAGUGUGUGUGUGAUGAGGGCUUCACUGGGGUGGACUGCAGUCAACAGCGGUGCCCCAAGGACUGCAACAACCGGGGACGAUGUGUUGAUGGACAGUGUGUGUGCGAUGAGGGAUACCAAGGGAUUGAUUGCAGUGAACGAUCCUGCCCAAACAACUGCAAUGAUCUUGGCCGCUGCGUAGAUGGGCAGUGCAUCUGUGAUGAAGGCUACAUAGGUGAUGACUGUUCUGAUGUUUCUCCUCCAAAAGAGCUGACAGUGACAGACAUAACAGAUAAAACUGUCAACUUAGAAUGGAAGAAUGAAAAUAUAGUCACUGAAUACCUCAUUACCUACAUUCCAACCGGCAUUGGUGGCUUAGAACUGCAAUUCCGAGUGCCUGGAAACCACACGUCUGCCACCAUUCAGGAACUGGAACCUGGUGUAGAAUACUUUAUCCGUGUAUUUGCCAUCCUGAAAAACAAGAAGAGCAUCCCAGUUAGUGCCCGGGUCGCUACAUAUUUGCCUGCCCCAGAUGGCUUAAAGUUCAAGUCAGUGAAAGAGACCUCUGUGGAGGUGGAGUGGGAUCCCCUAGACAUUCCAUUCAGCGGGUGGGAAAUCAUCUUUAACAGCUUGAAAGAGGAAGACAACGGAGGAAUAAGGAGCAGCCUGGAGAGGCCACAAACAUCGUAUUUGCAACCAGGCCUGGCCCCAGGACACCAAUAUAAUGUGUCUCUGUAUGUUGUGAAGAAUCAAACCAGGGGACCUGGCCUCUCUAGGGUGGUAACCACAAAACUUGAUGCCCCCAGUCAGAUUGAGGUGAAGGAUGUUACAGACACCACAGCACUGAUCACCUGGUUUAAACCCUUUGCCAAAAUUGAUGGCAUUGAACUCACUUUUGGGCCCAAGGAGGUCCCUGGGGACCGAACAUCCAUCGACCUCUCGGAGGAUGAAAGCCAAUACUCCAUUGGCAAUCUGAAACCACACACCGAAUACGAGGUGACACUUGUGUCGCGACGCGGGGAUAUGGAGAGCGACCCCGUGACGGAGACCUUCGUCACAGAUCUGGAUCCGCCAAAAAAUCUGAAGCGUGUCUCUCAGACAGACAACACCAUCACCCUAGAGUGGAAGAACAGCCAAGCAACCCCUGAAACGUACAGGAUCAAGUAUGCACCCAUUUCUGGUGGAGACCAUGCCGAAGUCACAGUACCCAGAAGCAACCAAGCCACAACCAAAGCUACUCUAACAGGUCUGCGGCCUGGAACAGAAUAUGGCAUUGGUGUGACUGCUGUGAAGCAGGACCGAGAGAGUGCUCCUGCCACGAUUAAUGCUGCAACGGAUCUGGAUAAUCCCAAAGACUUGGAAGUCAGCGACCCUACAGAGACAACCCUCCUCUUGCGCUGGAAAAGACCCCUGGCCAAAUUUGACCGCUAUCGCCUUACUUAUGUGACCCCCACGGGGAGGAAGAAUGAAAUAGAGAUUCCAGCAGAUAGCACAUCUCACAUCUUAAGGUCACUCGAUGCUGGUGCCGAGUAUGCCAUUAGCCUCGUGGCCGAGAAAGGAAGACACAAGAGCAAGCCUUCCACUGUGACCGGUUCCACUGAGAAGGAACCUGAGCUGGGGAAUUUGUCAGUCUCUGACAUUCACUGGGAUGGAUUCCAGGUCAGCUGGACUACAGCAGAAGGGACCUAUGACAACUUUAUCAUUCAGGUUCAGGAGUCGAACCACUCCGAAGUCAUGCAGAAUCUCACUGUUCUGGGCAGCUUACGGUCUGUGGACAUUGCUGGCCUCCAGCCAAAUGCUUUGUACAUUGUCACCCUCUAUGGUGUAACUCAGGGCUACAGGACAAAACCCAUCAGGGUUCAAUCCAUCACAGCAACAAAACCAGAAGUCAGCGAUCUAACUGUUUCUGGCCUUACCCCCGAGAGCUUCAACCUUUCCUGGACGGCCACCGAAGGAGCCUUCGAGACGUUUAUCAUUGAACUGAUUGAUUCUAACAGGUUGCUGGAGCCCGUGGAAUAUAACAUCUCAGGCCAUUUAAGGACUGCUUACAUCUCAGGGCUAUCUCCCAACACUGAUUUUAUUGUCUACCUCUAUGGUUUCAAGCGGGGCUUCCGUACUCAGGCAAUAAGUGUUUCAGCAACUACAGUAGCUGUACCUCUUCUUAGCAAACUCACAGUGUCAAAUACUACUUCUGACAGCGUGUCCCUCACAUGGGAAGCACAGGAUAUGGCCUUUGAAUAUUUUCUCUUAGAUGUUAGCAACACCCAACACCAGCCUCUGGACUCCCAGCUGCACACAAUACCAGGGGACAUACGAAGCUUUGUCCUCACCAAUCUAAGACCGAAUUCUAAUUAUACGCUCCAGCUUCAUGGCCUGGCUGAUGGGCAGAGUAGCCAGACCUUGACAGCCCUGGCUACCACAGAAGCAGAACCUGAAGUUGACAACCUUCUGGUUUCGGAUGCUACCCCAGAUGGUUUCCGUCUGUCUUGGACAGCUGAUGAAGGAGCAUUUGACAGUUUUGUUCUUAAAAUCAGGGAUGCCAAUAGGCUUGCAGACCCUCUGGAACUAAUUAUACCAGGUCACGAACGCACCCAAGAUAUAACAGGGCUGAAGGAAGGCACCGAAUAUUACAUAGAUCUCUAUGGAGUUACCAGUGGACAGCGUUCCCAGCCCGUAAAUGCAGUCGCAACAACAGCUAUGGGAUCUCCCAAGGAAAUCACUUUCUCAGAUAUCACUGAAAAUUCUGCUAUCGUCAGCUGGACUGCCCCACGAGGACGAGUCGACAGCUUCCGGGUUUCCUACGUCCCAGUUACAGGAGGUACCCCCAAAGUUGUAACGGUCGAUGGAAGCAAGAGUAGAACCAAUCUGGUAAAACUUAUUCCGGGUGUCAAGUACACUGUCAGCAUCAUCUCUGUCAAAGGAUUUGAAGAAAGUGAACCUGUUUCUGGAUCUCUGACCACAGCUUUGGACAGCCCGUCAGGACUGGUCGCAGUGAACAUCACAGACUCAGAGGCACUGGCUGUCUGGCAGCCGGCAAUAGCUGCAGUGGAUAAUUACAUAAUUUCUUAUGCUGCUGAGGGUGAGCCAGAAGUGACUCAGAGUGUCUCGGGCAACACUGUGGAAUAUGAUCUUAUUAACCUUCGUCCUGCUGUUGAAUAUACACUCAAGAUCUAUGCUGUUAAAGGACCCCAGAAAAGCACUACUGUCUCCACCAGAUUUACUACAGGUCUUGAUGCUCCAAGGGACCUCACUGCCACUGAGGUCCAGUUUGAAGCAGCACUAUUGACCUGGAGGCCUCCCCGUGCUUCUGUUACUGGUUACCUCCUCAUUUAUGAGUCCAUUGAUGGCAAAGUCAAGGAAGUCAUACUGGGACCUGAAUCAACUUCCUACAGUUUGACAGACCUCAGUCCAUCCACUCAAUACACAGUGAAAUUGCAAGCACUCAACCAAAACCUGAAGAGCAAGAUAAUCCAGGCUGUUUUCACAACAACUGGCCUUCUUUAUCCUUACCCUCGAGACUGCUCUCAGGCUCUUCUGAACGGAGAAACAGAAUCUGGCCUCUACACCAUAUAUAUAAAUGGUAACCAGUCCCAGCCUGCGGAGGUGUACUGCGACAUGGCUGCUGAUGGAGGUGGAUGGAUUGUCUUUUUAAGAAGGCAGGAUGGAGGACAGGAUUUCUACCAGAACUGGAGGACUUAUGAAACUGGCUUUGGAAAUCCCAGGAAGGAAUUCUGGAUGGGUCUGGAGAAGCUCCACAAGAUAACCUCCCAGGGCCAAUACGAGUUGCGGGUGGAUUUGCAUGACCAAGGAGAGACUGCUUAUGCCCUUUAUGAUAAGUUUACUGUGGGAGAUGCCAGAACACGCUACCGGCUGAAAGUGGAUGGAUACAGUGGCACGGCAGGUGAUUCCAUGACCUACCACAGUGGACGGGCCUUUUCCACUUUUGAUAAAGACAACGACUCAGCCAUCACUAACUGCGCUUUGUCAUACAAAGGAGCCUUUUGGUACAAGAACUGCCACCGAGUCAACCUGAUGGGCAGAUAUGGGGACAACAGCCACAGCCAGGGUGUCAACUGGUUCCAUUGGAAGGGCCACGAACACUCCAUCCAGUUUGCAGAGAUGAAAUUGAGACCCUACAGCUUUCGGAAUCUAGAAGGGAGACGGAAGAGAGCCUAAACACUCCAUGGGUGGUGGAGAGAGAAAGAGAAUGGGGACAAGAUUUUUUUUCCUCCCAGAAAAAUGGAGAAGGGAAAUCAACAAUGAAGAUGGGAACCUUACCAAAGCAUCAGCGUUGCUUGGCCUGACAUUGGAUCCUUUGACAAUUUCAUUGGGAGGGCGGGGGUGGGAAAGCCUUACUCAGCAGAGCAGACCUUUUUUGUGUGUGUCCGUAGCUGGCUUUCUUUGCACCAAAGACGACAAUCUCCAGGGGUAUUGGGGAGGGGCAAGGGUUUCUGCACAGUCCUUUUUCUCAGUGGGUUCUCAUUUACUUAGAGGAUGUCUCCAGCAAUGAGGGAACAAUUUGGUAGUCUGCAAACCAGCCUCUUCAUACAACAACAUGCAAGUCAUUUUCAUGAUUAUUACAAGUCACCACAGAGGUUUUGCUGGUCAUUGAGAAGCUUUCUUUAUAUAUAUAUGGAAACGAGCAGUCCAGUUUGAAAUUUUCAGCCUAAAAUUAAUAUUAUUAAUAUAAUGAAGAAAGGUAAAAAUAAUGAUGAUAAUAAUAAGCUACAUUUUUGUCGUCUUUUUAAAAAAAGAUACCCAUGCUUUCCAAAACACAGCAGGACAGUGUCUGAUUGUACAUUUCUUUUUAAAAUAAUAAAUAAAAGCACAAUUUUACUUUUACAGAAAUCUCCAGUUUUCUUCAUGCAUUGAAUUGUUUGGUGCACAGUCGGGGACGGGGGAGGCACAUAAUUCAAUGGCAAAUCACCUGCUCUUUCAGUGCAGAAGGUCACAGGUUCAAGACACCAAAUUUCCAGUUAAACAUGGUCUAAUAUUUGUUGUCAGGAAAUGCUAUUCUCUUCUACAGACUGUAAGGCAGUUUUGUUUGUUGGUGUGAGUAACUCUAGUCAAAAGUUUGGGUAUUUGAUUGCAUGUUAUCUUAGCAUGUUAGUUGGAGUGGCUACCUUGUGAUAGGUUUGUAAAUGGUGUCUUCCCCCCUAGCUAUUCAAGAGAUGAAGUCUACCAAACAUUGAAGGUGUCUUCAAUCAUGGCAUUGCAAGUAUAUUGAUUCUCCCCCCAGCUGCUCCAGACAGUCCCAGGUUCAAACGAUGGCAGCUGCAGUCCAAGGACCACAGGUGUCGGGAAAGACAUUUUUCAACCUGGAAUGUUGCAGCUGCCAGUCAGAGUAAGCAAUACUGAGGUAGAAGGAUGUACGGGUUGAUUUGGUAGAUGGUAGCAUUGCAUGUUCUCUGUUCCAACUAAUAUCACAAGCUCCCUUGUUGGCCCAGCCUAGGAAGCACAGAGCUCUGUGAUAAUGGGUAAAAGACCCAGGAUGUGGUUCGACACACCUGUUCACAAAUGAUCAAAAAAUAUAUGAGGAUUGAUAUACCUUUUGGAAGCAGAACUUCCUGUGCAGCCCCUCACUGAACCUGGUUUUCUGUGUAGUAAAAAGCCACAUUCAAGCAAUUCCCUUACAUCCAUGAAAGGUGACAUUUCAAGGCUUGAAAACACCUGAAGAGAUUCAUUUCAGGAAUGUUGAGAUCACAGUGAACAGGCAGAGGGAAGCAGGGAAUGUUGAGGCUAGCACAACAGCUCUUGAGGAUUCUCACAACCACUUGUGUAAAUAUAUUUUGUAUGAACAAAGCGUGUCUCUUAAAUCCUUCUGUACCACAUUCUUUGAAUAAAAACCAAUAAAAAGAUCUCUGAAGCCAUUGCUUUGCUGGAGCCCGUUCUGCUUACAUUUCAUAUCCUGCUACUGCUGAAUGUCUUUUUCGUACUUGGGAGGAGACUGAAUUUUGAAAGCUGUCUGGUUCACUUUAUGAGAAAAGCAGGCUGAAAAUAAAAUGAGGAAGUAAAUAAUGUGGAACCAA